AUGAAGAAAACACGUAAAAGAGAUUUAGAUCCUGGUGCGAGUGAUCCAAAGAGUAAUAAUGAAAGAAGCUUGGGUGCGUACGGAGGAACAGCAUGCGACCGCGUGAGCAUGAGAGUCUCAAGUACUGGUGAUCAAAUGGCAAUCGAAUCGCGAUUAGCCCGACGUGCACGAAUGGCUAUUCGGUCAUCAAAACGGACUCAAUCGACUUCAAUUGCUAACACGCAACCCAUGAAGAAACGCAGAGUUGGCAGACCAAUGAUCAUCUCAGCGUCUUCAUCAAACAGCUCGAUAAAUAGACGCGCGGCGUCUACAACAAGCGGCUCAAGACUUAGACGUAAAAAAGGCCACAAGCCAUGUGACAAAUGGGAUAUAGUCUCAUGUCCAUCGUGUGGAGCCUUACUAUGGAAUGCAGAAGCAACUGGUGUACAGACGAGCAGAGAUGCAAAACAAUUUAGUCUAUGUUGCCAGAGAGGUCGAGUGAGGCUUCCACCGGUCCGAGAACCACCAUCUCCAUUGCUCGAGCUCCUAGAGUCGCCAAAAUUUAGACCCCACAUCAGAGUUGCAAACAGUUUGCUUGCUUUCACAUCCAUGGGCGCACAAGUCGAUCAUAGCGUUACUGGGACGCCUGGACCUUUUACAUUUCGGGUUCAUGGCCAGAUCAUUCAUAGAAUUGGUUCUAUGCUACCUGAAGAUGGUAACGAUCCCGAGUAUCUGCAGCUCUAUAUUUUCGACACUGAUAAUGAGCUAGAAAACCGAAAGAGGUCUUUUACAAAAGGUUCAUCUACGCUGGCAGUGGAGGAUACAGUCAUCGCCCAGUUGAUUGAGAUGCUAGAUAUUAAUAACCACCUAGCCAAGACUUUCAGGCACGCGCGCGACCGUUUUCGAUCGACCGGUAAAAUUGAAUUCAGUAUCACAUUGGUCAGCCAACCAAAUAGAGGUCGUCAAUACGAUCUUCCUACAGCGAGUGAGAUUGGUGGACUAAUAAUUGGUGAUUUGUCUGCGACCUCAGUAGGAAGAGAUAUUGUGGUUGAGCUCAAAUCAUCUGCGCUACAAAGAAUAGGUGAUCUACACCCGUUAUUGAUGAGUCUUCAGUAUCCAUUAUUGUUUCCGUACGGAGAAACUGGUUACCAUGAGAGACUGCCUUAUAAGGGGCCUGAAGCAUCCACCGUGAGAAGAGAAUACAUGACGAUGCGAGAGUUCUAUGCUUACCAGAUACAAACUAGGCCUUCAGAAGGAAUGACAAUUAUUAAAGGUGGAAGAUUGCUGCACCAGUACAUUGUUGACGCGUACGUGGCUGUAGAGACGGAGCGUCUGCGAUUUCUCAGUCUAAAUCAGAAAAAGCUGCGAGCAGACCUGUAUAACAAUGUAUGUGAUGCUGUUGAGACCGGCGAUGCAGAUGCUACACAAGUUGGUAAGAAGAUCAUCCUCCCUUCAUCAUUCACCGCCGGACCCCGGUACAUGUCUGAAAAGUAUCAAGACGCGAUGGCAAUAUGCCGUUGGUAUGGGAAUCCUCAUCUCUUUAUCACCGUCACCGCGAAUCCUAAUUGGGUGGAACUCAGUAAUCAUCUUGAUGCGUAUGGAGGUGACUCCGCUAAUAACCGACCUGACCUUGAAUGUCGAAUUUUCAAAAUAAAGCUUGAUGAGAUGAUGGCAGACUUCAAAAAGGGAGAAUUCUUCCCCAAGCUAGACGCAGCUGUCUACACCAUUGAGUUUCAGAAACGAGGUUUGCCCCAUGCCCAUAUAUUACUAUGGUUGAAAGGAAUAAAGAAGGAAGUAACCGCUGCGAUGAUUGAUGAAUACAUCUCAGCUGAGUUUCCCGAUAGAGAAGUUGAUAAAGAGGGGUUUGAACUGGUAGAGCGGCAUAUGAUUCAUGGCCCGUGUGGUAAGUUGCGACCCAAAUCGCCAUGCAUGGAAAAGGGAGAGUGUACUAAGAGUUUUCCUAAACCUUCUUCGGAUCAAACAAGAAUUGACAAAUAUGGAUUUGUUGUUUAUAGAAGGAGAGCUGGUACUGGAGAUUUUGUAAUCAAGGGUGAUAUCGAGGUGGAUAAUCGUUUCGUUGUGCCUCAUAAUCUUAGUCUGCUGAAAAAAUACCAAGCCCACAUCAACGUUGAAUGGUGUUGCAGAACCAGUGCAAUAAAAUAUCUUUUCAAAUACAUAACGAAAGGCGUUGAUAGAGCAACUGUCGUUAUACACAAGAACGAGCCAGACACGACUAAUGAGAUCAACAAUUUUCUGGAGUGUCGGUACAUAUCAGCCUGCGAAGGUUCAUGGAGGUUGUUCGCUUUUCCCAUACACUAUAAUCUGCCCAAUGUUGUGAAGCUUCCCGUACAUCUACCAGGUCAGCAUGUGAUGGUGUUUGACGAAACUUCUGACUUAUCAAAGGUGGUAUACCGAGAAAAUAUUGAUAAGUCAAUGUUAACAGCGUUUUUUGAGGCAUGCGACACAUACGAAGAAGCUAGGGAGCUGACAUAUGUUGAAUUUCCUUCAAGGUUUGUUUACCAUUCUAACGACAAGGUAUGGACACCCAGGUUGCAAGGGGAAGCUAUUGGGAGAGUCGUGUAUGUCAGUCCAGCAUCUGGUGAUAGAUACUUCUUAAGGAUGCUGCUAAAUGUUGUUAAAGGUCCUAGAGGUUAUGACGUGUUAUACACGGUAGGAGAUGUGGUUUAUAAGAAAUUCAAAGAAGCGUGCUAUGCACGAGGAUUGCUUGAUGAUGAUAAAGAGUGGCAUGAAGCAAUAGAGGAGCCAUCUUCAUGGGCCACCGGACGGCAGCUGAGAAGGUUGUUUGUGCUUAUCUUGGUUUAUUGUCAAGUUGUAGACCCACUCAAGCUUUGGGAGCAUACUUGGAUGUUUCUAGCAGAGGACAUACUGUACAUGAAACGAAAGGAGUUUCGAUUUCCAGGACUCGACUUACAAGAUGAGCAGUUAAAGCAGUAUACACUGCUCGAGGUUGAAAAACAUUUAAAAGAGCAUAACCAGUCUCUAGCAGACUAUGAUGAGUUGCCUCGGCCAGACAAUUCAAUACUAUCAGAGGUAAACAACCAAGUUUUGCGGCAGGAGCUGAUGUAUGAUGUUGAAAAGGAGAAGGAGACGCAUAGGGUAUUGUUCUCAGCGAUGAAUAUUGAUCAGCAGAAAGUAUAUGCUGCUAUACUGAAGUCAGUAGACGAACGUUUGGGCCAGUUAAUUUUUGUCUCAGGUGCAGGAGGAACAGGAAAGACAUACCUAUACAGAACUAUUAUCGCAAGGCUUAGGUCAGUUGGAAAAGUAGUUAUACCGGUUGCUACAGCUGGCAUCGCAGCGUUGCUGCUCCCGGGAGGAAGGACAGCUCACUCUCGGUUCAAACUACCUCUGAAUCUAGAUGAUCGUUCAAUGUGUGAAAUACACAAAGGGUCGAGUUUAGCUGCAUUGAUAUCCAAGGCAGAUCUAAUAAUAUGGGACGAAGCUCCGAUGGCACACCGGCACGCUUUUGAAACCUUGGAUCGUUCCUUCAGAGAUUUGUUAACGCAUGAGAAUCCAGAAGCUAGCACACAGCCCUUUGGUGGCAAAACGGUGCUUCUCGGCGGGGAUUUCCGACAGAUUUUGCCAGUUAUUCCACACGGAAAAAGGCCAGACACUGUACUCGCAUCCAUCAGCAAAUCAUAUCUAUGGAAAAUGGCCCGAGUAUUCACCUUAUCCAUCAACAUGCGGCUGCGGCAAGAAGAUAAGGACUUCGCAAAAUGGAUUCUACAAGUCGGAGAUGGGGAAGCUGACGCCUUGCCGUCGAAUAAACCAAAACAUGAGGAAGGGAAUCAGAUUAUUGUGGACAAAAGGUUCUUGAUAUCUCGCUCAGAGACACCACACGAAGCUUUGGCGCAUGCUGCAUAUCCUAACUUCCUCCAAAACUACCGGGAUAAGGACUACCUAAAAGAGAGGGCCGUGCUGACACCUACCAAUAAUACCGUACAUGAGGUGAACGCUUAUCUCCUCUCUAAGAUCCCAUCACAGGCUAGAGAGUAUUUGAGUUCCGAUUCAGUGGAGUUAGAAGCUACGCCAGACGAUGAUUGGACCACCCACUACCCGUCAGAGUACCUCAACUCACUUGAGUUUCCGGGCCUCCCUAACCACAGAUUGUGCCUCAAAGUUGGAGCUCCGGUGAUGAUGCUGCGCAAUCUUAAUCAGGAUCAAGGUCUGUGCAAUGGUACAAGAAUGGUGGUUACUCGCCUAGGUAACAGGGUUGUUAAAGCGAGAAUUAUGACUGGGACAGAUGUUGGAGAAGAAGUUUUGAUCCCUAGGAUACAACUUAGUCCCACUGAUACCAUGCAUCCCUUCACCUUUAAUCGAAGGCAAUUCCCGAUCAGACUGUGCUACGCCAUGACGAUCAACAAGAGCCAGGGCCAAAGCCUAAACCAAGUUGCUUUAUAUCUUCCUCGCCCUGUUUUUACUCAUGGUCAGUUAUACGUUGCCAUGUCUCGAGUAACAACUCCGAAUGGGCUUAAGAUUUUAGACGAGACUUCCGACAUGGGCGGUGAAGACGGAGUUACUAAUAUUGUAUACAAAGAAAUCUUUAAAGACGUCCGGAUGACCGAGUUUAAUCUCAUGGCAUACAGUCAUUUAGUAUGUGACCUUCUUACACUUACUCAAAACAUCGUCAGCACCUAA